CCAGUGUGGGUGUUAUCCGCGAAAACUAUUCAUAAAAUAGAGUGUCUUGUACAGCUAAAAAACUGCGCAGUUAAAAGUGAGGUUAAGCAACAAGAUGAGAAGCACGAACACGCGCCAGAAAGGCGCCAAUACCCUGGACACCAAAAUCACUGAUCACCUUACCAAAAGGGAUAGCGCAGCAACAAAUGGUAAAACAGAACUAACCAAAAAGAAAAAUUUACCGACCCAAACACCGAAGCAAACACCGAAGCAAACAAAAACAGACUAUACCGGAAGUACUGAUCCUAAUGCAAAUAAUAACGCACACACAUCAGGCUAUGAGACGAUAAUACACCACGGUGGAUUGGAGGAAGUGGUACAUCUACUUCAAACUCUUACUAUCGAAGUACAGGAAAUAAAAAAUGACAGGCAAGAACUGAAAGAAUCCUUGGAUAGAAUUCUCAUAAAUACCGAGAACUGCCAGGCAAAGAUAACGCAACUCGAAGACGAAAAUACACGACUCAAGCACAGAAUAUCUUUACUGGAAAAAAAAGAUGAAUAUAGGGAGAAAGAAAGCAAAAGAAAUAAUGUAAUUAUUCGAGGACUUGAGAUAAAAAACAACUCUGCAGAAAAAACAGUACGUGAUUUGCUGGCCAACGAGUUUGAUUUGCACGACAGUAUAGAGGAAGUUACGCCCACAACAAGAGAUGGCAGAAUUCUAAUGCUCACUGUCAAAAUGAAAAAUGCUGUAGUGAAAAAAGAACUAAUGGUGAAAAAGAACACCACCCCGUUACUCAACAUCAAAAUAAAACACGACACAACAUAUGCAGAACGAGAGAUGCAGAGGGAGAUACACAAGAUCGCUAGAGAAGAAGAAGCCAAAGGAAACACCAUAAGAAUCGGCUUCGGAAAACUCUGGAUUAAUGAAACGGCAUACGUGUGGAAAGCUGGGGAAGGCCUGAGGGAGAACUUUCGUAGACGAAGGAACACACUCGACUAUGAGACCCAACCCAACACAUCACAAAAGUAUUAAGUUAACAGCACAAACGGCAAGUAGUAAUUAUGUAGGUAUAAAACAACAUGUCAGACGAAACGAGGCAAUAAAACACAAGGAACCCAACAACGUGAAUUACAUAAAAGAAAGUUGGUCAGAAUACACAGCAUCGAGGCUCCAAGGGCAUACACCAUCGGACUGGAGUAAAUCAGAAAUUGUCCUCCUGUACAAAAAAGGAGACGUAGAUGAUCCUCUCAACUAUCGAGGAAUAGCUUUGGCAAACACAAUCGCCAAACUGUUCACGACGAUAAUCGCAAAAAGGGUACAAAACUGGUGUGAAAUAUACGACAUCUUACCAGAGGCACAGGCAGGCUUUAGACCAGGAAGGUCGUGCGAAGAUAACAUCUUUAUUUUGCAUGCAAAAAUAGGUUUGGCAUUGUCGAAACCAAAAGGUAAGCUAUUCAUAGCAUUCAUUGACUUUCGAAGAGCUUUCGACUCAGUCAGUCAUGGGAUUCUAUGGGAGAAACUUCAUGCAGCUGGAAUAAGUACUAAAAUCAUUAAAGUCAUGCAAAAUAUAUACAACAAAGCAUCAUUCAAAAUAAAGGCAAAUCAAUUUCAAAGAACAAGUGAUAUAAGCAUUACACAAGGAGUUCUGCAGGGCGAUCCAGCGAGCCCUAUCUUGUUUUCACUUCUUCUGGCGGAUAUCUGUCAUUAUUUUAUGGAUCAUGGUCACGAGCGCAUAAAAGAAAAGAUGGAAUUACUACUAUUUGCUGAUGAUAUCGUUCUAAUGGCCGAUGAUGUAAUCGAACUACAAAAUAAAAUGACAACACUCGAACACUAUUGCAAUGAAAAUCAAUUAGAAGUAAACACACAAAAAACAAAAGUUAUGAUAUGUCAAAAAGCAGGCAGAAGAAAGAAGAUUAGACCAAUAAGAUACCAAGAAACUGAAAUUGAGAUAGUAGACAAAUACACCUACUUAGGAGUCCCAUUCACCAAAUCAGGUUUAUACAAUACAGCAUGCAAAAGCUUCAUGUCUAAAGCAAAAAUAGCUCUGGGUACCAUCUGGGGCCCAAUGAUCACCGCAAAAGUAAAAAACUGGAACGCAAGAAUCAAACUUUUUGAGGCGGUAGUCAAAUCAACUCUCCUGUAUGCGUCCAACAUCUGGGGAUUGCGCCACUACCAAGAACUUGACAAAAUACAGCUCCAAUUUUACAAGAGCCUACUGGCAGUACCUCAAUGUACUCCUGGGUAUUUAAUCAGGCUAGAAACCGGUUCGACAACAAUAUCGAUCGGUAUAAUUAAAAAGGCAAUGCUAUACAUUAAAAAAAUUCUUCAAAUGAAACAGACUCGCUAUCCAAAGAUAGUGUUGGAUCAACUGAUAGCUCUUGAUCUCGCCGACAACAACAGGAAUAAAUAUAAUUGGUUCUCGAACUUAAAAGAAACUAUAAAUAGAGUCGGCACAUCAGAUAUAUUAAAUAACAUCUCACCGAAUAGCAUAUCUGAGAAGUUGGAACAAUUGCUGAACUGUAUAAAGGAAAAACAAUUUAGAUCAGACGUAAUAAGAACACUACUAUCCACGUAUAGCCCGUUUUACAAACACAUUAAACAGCUGAAUGAAUCUGAAUUCGAAAACUACUUAAAAACAACAAUUCCAUUACCACUCAUACGAUUAGUUGCACAAAUACGUCUAGCCGGUCGUGGACUUUUGUCGAUAAGAUAUAAAAAGCUGCAGUAUAAGAUAGAUGAAAAAAACAUAUGUAUCAUUUGCAAUAAAUUGCAGCCGGAAUCAAUCGAGCACUUUCUAAAUGAAUGCCCAAUAUAUGAACCAAUAAGGGCACAUUAUCUGCCCACGGCAAACCCUCUGCUAGCAUUAGAAAAUCUCGAUGGAAAAAGCACAAGAAAAUUGGCCUAUUAUAUAAUUGGGGCGUGCAAACUAAGAGCUUUUACUUUGGAAGUGUGAAAAAGCGAAGUAAAAAGUGUGUUCCAUUAACAUAAGAUGAACCUGCCAUUCCAAAGCGGUCAGUGAUAUAUAUGUAAUAAGAAAAAAAAAAAAAAAAAAACAAUUUUUAUUUAGAAAACAAACCUAAUGUGAUAUACAUGUUAAACAUGUUAAGUAUGUUAAGUAUGUGUAGAAUGCAUAAUACAUACAGCGUAUAGGUAUAUGUAUAAGUACUAGCUAAUAAGUGCAGAUUUAAGAAAUUAAUUUUAAUUUUAAUUUACUCUACUAUAACAGCAGGAUAAGCUAAAUGUACACAAUACAAAUGCUAUUCUGUAAACACGAUCUCCUUUGUAACAGGCGAAAGCCUCCAAAACAAAUAAAAUACUAACUAACUAA